AUGUCGUCGCCGCGGCGGGCCGUCUACAGCAUCGACCACAUCCUGGGCCGGCGGCCGCGCGAGCACGUGGAGCUAAAGACCGAGAGUCGAGCCCACACGCCGUCCGACUCGGAACUGGAGCUCGAGCACGAGCACGAGCACGAGCACGAGCGCGAGCACGAGCACGAGCGCGAGCACGAGCACGAGCACGAGCAUGAACGGGAGCAAGACUCGGCUCGGGAGCCGCUGGAUUUGGACUCAUUAGAUACCGGACGACCGAGAAAGCAGGUGCGCCGCAGCCGGACCACGUUCACCACCUACCAGCUGCACGAGCUGGAGCGCGCCUUCGACGCCACACAGUACCCCGACGUGUUCACGAGAGAGGAGCUGGCUCUCAGGCUAGAGCUCAGCGAAGCGCGUGUUCAG